AGAUUCGGUUACGAUCGAAUAUAAUUUUCUUAGUUGUGUUUUUUUUUUUUUUUUUAUAUCGAUAUAUGACUGAGAUAACAAAGUCCGCUCUAUAAAAUAAAGGUUUUUCUUUCAUUUUUUAUAAUACACUUGGUUGGUACACUUAAUAAUAAUCCACAGAAUUAAUAAAUUAUACACAAACAUAAGCGGGAAUUUCAAUUUUCAUUCGAUUACAUCAUUAAAUGGUGCUUUUUGCAUGAUUUUCAUUCGAUUUUUAUACGAUCCGGAGAAGUGAACUGGGUCCGUUCCUUUACAUGAUUGCAAUCAUUUCAAUUUAAAAAUUAAAUUAAAAAAUUAUUUUGUUUUUUUUUUUUUUUAAUUUUCAAACAGGAUUACUUUCAUUAAUCGCCCCUUUUUAAUCCACUUUCAAUUUUAUUUACACUUUUUAUUUGUUUUCCCAUACCGAGUUUAUCGCAAAACUAGAAUUGGGUGUAUUCGCAAUCGGGAGAUAAGAACUUGUUUAAUUUAAUAAUUGCCAUGCAAGAAAGUAAUAAGAGCGAACCAUUUGUUUCGAGUCAGUUUAAAAGCUCAAUACAAUAUGAUAACGUCAACGCUAAUUAAUAAAAUAUCUACGAAUUGGUAUCGAUGUGGCGAAUUAUUGCAAAAUAAAUGGAUUACAUUUUUAAAUAGCGUCGGUGACGACUCGGUUACCAUAUGGAUAGUAGUGCCAUUUAUUUUAUUAUUGUUCAGUUUUUGGUUAUAUGCUGGCAUUUUUACCCUCAUGGACAUAACGAAUAAGCCACAUUUCUUACGAAAAUAUAAAAUACAAGUUGGCGUGAAUGAACCAGUCGAUAAAAAUAGAUUAUGGAAGGCAACAAAGCAAGUUCUUUUCAAUCAAUUGAUCAUUACUCCUGCCAUGCUAUUUUUCAAUUAUUUUGUAUUGGUUAAGUACAUAAGUUUUCCCUGUGUACACAUAUUACCUUCUAUGAGAAGAUUUCUCAUUGAUAUGUCUCUAAUGGUGGCAUUGGAGGAGGCUUGUUUUUAUUAUGUUCAUCGAGCGUUACAUCAUCGUUCCAUCUACAAGUAUAUCCAUAAGCAACAUCACGAAUGGACAGCGCCGGUAGCUAUCAUUACACUUUAUUGUCAUCCAAUUGAACAUAUAUGCAGCAAUAUGGGACCUAUUGGUGUAUUAACGAUUUUGAUAAGACCUCAUAUUCUCAAUGUCUGGUUUUUUGCAGUUCUUGCCAUUUUAAAUUCGAUGACCGAUCAUACAGGCUAUAGUUUUCCAUUUUCACCCAAUUCAGUUCGUUUCCACGAUUUGCAUCAUGCCAAGUUUCAUUACAAUUUCGGUGUAAUGGGUUGGCUCGAUAAACUGCAUGGUACCUAUAAAGAAGACAAGGAAAACAUGAAAAAAAUUAAAUACCAAUAAAAAUAAAAAUUAAAAUCUUUACAUCCAAGCAUGGGUAAUCAUUAAUUUGUCUAUCUAAGCCAUUAAUUAGUUUACGUGGUACUAUGGAAGAAGACAAAAAUUUUGACUCCCCGUUAUGUUACUUUUUGCAUCCACCACCAAAGACUAGGAUUAUAUUCACUUCGUCAAAAUGUUUGCAGCAAUGACAGAGAAGCUUCUAAUGCAAGAGCAUAGGAAGUUUCUCUCCGAAGAAUGGUAUUGGUGCAGCGACACUCACACACAGAGUGUAACGUAAAAAUCAAAAUGUUAUUGUUUUUAAAAACAAAAAUAUUCGGUUUUUUGCGAAGUAUAUUCUACGGAUAACUCUACACUAUCUAUAUAAUAAUGAAAAAAUCGGCCACGCCCAACCAAUAUUACAAAAUGAGAAGAUUCUAUUCUAAUUAUUUUCAUAACUUUACCUUACACUACUUGUGGUAUAGAGGCAUAUUAAGUUUGCGUGGAUAUAGGCAACAAUCAGAAGGACUGGAGAUAUAUUCACCUUUUACUAUACCAAUCGAAUGAUUGAAAAUCACUUUCUGAAUCAAUCCAAACCCGUCUUUUGAAAUAUUUUGAUAAAAUUUGUUACGUUGACGUCUUCUCGUCCAUGGCAGGACGCUAUUGAAGACGUCCAGGAUCGGACCACUUUUUCGAUCACUUCCCAUGUACCGACUUAUUUGAAAAGUCAUAUAUGUAUACGAAUAAUCCUAGACUGGUAUGGGGGUAGUUAAUCGGUGUUUUUGUGCAUGAUUUUUAUAUAUAACGUAUUUGUUUCACUUGUCAUGAGUUAAACGUGUUAUGGACAUAUUCCAGUUCAAAUCCUCUAUUUUUAAGUUACUCUUUCCACGACAUUUACAAAUACUUGUCUAACUAAAUCUUCAUUACACUCACACAAAAGAUAAUUCAGUUUUUUCUAAAAUUAACCAAAGCAUUCGACUCCACGUAAUAAUCAAGAUGAUACGAGGAUUUUGCAAUAUUAAUGAAACAACUGAAAAGAACUGGAAAUCUAAGGUAAAAAGAUAUGGCAACCGACAACAUAGCGCUUAAAAAAUCGACAAGUAAGCAUAUUUUAGGCAUCAUAUAAAAAAAAGGCAAGAUUUUGUCACUCUGUUAAAAAUUACUCGUGAAAUUAAGCAAGUCUUUGCCGACUCCCGUACAGUUUAUCGUCAACACACAUUCGAAUAAAGCUUAAGGCUCGUAAUCGAUUUACGUUUUUUUUUUUUGAAAAAUUCAAAUAGGCCAAAGAUUGGUCGCCAAAUGUCGUAUUAUUUUGCAUUUUACAAUAUUUUUGACCGAAUUAUUGAUUUAAUCGUCCCUUUUCCAUACUACUAAAAGAACAAAGAGAACCGUAUUUAGAACA